CACAUUACUCUUCUCCAUUAAUUAAUACUAUAAUCUUAUUGUUGAUAUUUCUCUCGCUCAAAGCCAAAACGAAAAAUGGGUUCAAAAUAUUUCCUUUGGAUGGGUCUUUUGCUUGCACUUGUAAUCCUCCUCAUCUCUUCAGAUACUGUUGCAGCUAAUGACCUUGCUGAAACUUCCACUCGGAAAAACAAUAAAGUUGUGGAUGCUGGUACUAAUGAAAAGGGGGUUGAGGAUGCUACAUAUGAAGGAUAUCCUGGUCAAGGCGGUUAUGGUGGUGGUGGUGAUGGUGGUGGUUUUGGCGGAAGUGGCGGUCAUGGCGGUGGUGGUUGCUACUAUGGUUGCUGUAGGAGCAACUACGAUGGAACAGGCUGCGCCAGGUGCUGCUCUUAUGCAGGCGAAGCUGUUGAUGCAAAAGUCGAACCUAACAACUAAAUAGGGCAAUCAUGAGAUGCCGUGAGAUCAAUAUCUCUCUAUUAUAAAUAAGUAAAACUACUACGUUAUUGUAAUAAAAUGCAUGAAUGAAUGAAUGAGAUAUAUAAUUAUAACA